CUGAAAAAUCAAAAGCCUUAGAAGUUUUCAAGAUUUAUACUAUGGAAGAUACACACAAACUGUGGCAGAUACCCUAGGCCUUUUGCUUUAUUUUUACAAGAACAUGGAAUUGUAGCUCAAUAUACCAUCCCUGGUACACCGGAGCAAAAUGAAGUGGCUUAGAGAAGAAUUAGAACCCUAAUGGACAUGGUAAGGAGUAUGAUUAUAGGACCAAUCUACCAGUUGUUUAUGGAGUUAGAGAUGGACGAUCAUGUAAGCACAAGAACUGACAAUUUUAUAUUUGAAGAAGAUGGUCAAAUGGGGAAUGAUUUAAACAUUCACUGACUGCAGCAGCUUUGGUUCAACUUCCAAAUCAAAUGGAAGAAAUUAAGUGGAGGUAAUGAUGAUUGUAAUUUUGGGCAUGGCACUGAAACUAAUGAAUUAUUGCAUGGUGAGCAGCAAACUAAUGUGUUGUUGCAUGGUGAGCAACAAAAUGAUGAUCAUGGAGAUUACGUGGAGGUGGCAGCUCCAAGUGGCAAUAACCACCGACUGGAGUAUGGCACUGAAAUUGGGGUGUUGUUGAAUGAUGAACAACAUGCAGGAAAUCAGGAAGCACACGUGGAGGAAGCACUGACAAUGGAAGCAACCACCGACUAAACUCACCAGUUUUGGCAGUAGAUGCUGCUCCACUGCUUUUGAGGAAAUCAAAUAGGGUAAGAAAGUCAACAAUCUCAUCAGAUUUUGUGUAUUUGGCAAGGCCAGAUUUUAAUUUAUCAGAGUUCGAAGAUCCUGGGACUUUCAAACAAGCCAUCUCGAGUCCAAAAGCAAGCAAACAAUUAGAAGCUAUGAAGUCUGAAUGUCAUCAAUGGAAGAAAAAAAAAAGUAUGGGAACUAGUAGAACCAAGAGAAGGCAUGAAACCGAAAGGUCUUAAACGGGUGUUUAAGACCAAGAAAGACUCAAAGGGAAAUAUAAAGAGACAUAAGGUCAGAUUGAUGGCCAAGGGAUUCAUUCAAAGAGAAGGUACCAAUUAUAAAGAAACUUCUAGUCCAGUACCAACAAAAGAUGCAUUCAGAGUAAUCAUGGCGAUGGUGGCACAUUUUGACUUGUUUUGCAUCAAAUGGAUGUAAAAACGACUUUCUUAAAUGGUGAUUUGGAGGAAAGUAUAUAUAUAUAUAUAUACACACACGACAACCAGAGAGUUUGAAGGAGAAAGGGAGAGAGCAAUUAGAUUGAAAAAAAAAAAAAAAAAAAACCAAUCUAUGGUUUAAAACAGGCGUCGAGACAGUGGUAUUUAAAGUUCCAUCGUGUUGUUAAGGAUCAUGGCCUUGUGGAAAACCCUUAUGAUGCCUACAUUUACUUGGAAGUCAGUGGGCGCAACUUCAUUAUUCUGGUACUCAAUGUUUAUGACAUAUUGUUGGCAACAAAUAGUUUGAUUUUCUUAGAUGAUACCAAGUCUUUCAUGUUUGAGAUGAAAGAUUUAGGUGAUCGGCAUCGAGAUUAAAAGAGAAAGAAGAAAAAAAAAAGAAAAAAGAAGGGAUUGUUAGGGUUGUCAAAAAGAAGUUACAUUGAGAAAGUUUUAAAUAGAUUCAACAUGUCAGCAUGCGGCACAACUGAAAUGCCUAUAUCGAAGAGUGCUAAGCUAAGCAAGGAGCAAUGUCUUAGAAAUAAUUUGGAAAAGGAAAUGAUGAAGGAUAGUCAUUACGCCUCAUUAGUAAGGAGCUUAAUGAAUGCUCAGGUUUGUACUAAGCCAAACCUAUCUUUUACCAUUAGGUUUUUAGGGAGAUUCCAUUCUGAUGCAGGAGAAGCACAUUGGAAUGCUAGGAAAAGAGUUCUAAGGUACCUGUAGAAAACUAAGUCUCAUAUGCUGGUUUAUAAGAAGACUGAAAACUUGGUCUUAGAAGGAUACAAAUGACGCAGACUUCCCUGAUUACCCAGAUGAUUUGAAAUCAACUUCAAGCUAUGCGUUUAUGAUGGCUAAUGGAGCUGUUUCUUAAAGGAGUGCCAAGCAAGACCUCAUUGCAUUCUUCGAGGUUGAGUACUUGUCUUGCUGUGAAAUUGUGAAUUAGGUAGUUUGGUUCAAGAAUUUUAUCAUUGGUCUUCGUAUUGUUGACUCAAUCUCAAGACUCAUUCAGCUUUACUGUGAUAAUAGUGCAAUGAUUUUCUUCACAAAGAACAAUAAGAGAUACAAUACUACAAGGAACCCGGAGAUUAAGUUUUUUGUUGCUCGUGAAAAGGUGAUGAUUGGUUUGGUUAAAAUUAAUUAUUUGGGGACAGGUUCUAUGAUAGCAUAUCCGUUGAACAAGGCCAUUGCAAAGGCAAUAUUCAAGAAACAUACAAGGAAGAUGGAAGUGCUGGAAGUUUUUGGUACUGCAGAACAGUGGGAGUUUAGAUCAUGUUUAAGACAUUUGUUCUUGGACAUUGGUUGAUUCAGGUAUUUUUGGAAUAUGCAUUAAAGUAUUUAUGUUAAGAUCAUCUUAACUAAUAAAGUAAUACGCUGCUAGUUGCAAAGGUUUCCCAUAAAUUGCAGUGUUAUAGUUAUGAUACAGAUACAUUAUGAAAGUGUAUUUUGGAUGACAAUUUGUUUGAAUUGUUGUAACAAAAAAAAGCAACUUAAGGGUCUCAGUACGAGACAAUAAAGUGGACUAGUUUACUGGUCUUGAGGGAGGACCAUAAUGCAAGUGCAUUAAAGAAGCAUUCAUAUUUGCAUCUUGUAUUAUUUUUCAUGUCUUGAUGGAGUUUCAUGUGUUUGAUGGUUUCAUGACAGUAAUUUUGGGGAUAAUGUUUAUAUAUUGGAGCAUGACUUCCUUUUAGUUCUUCAUGAAUACUAACUUAUGACAGAAACUUGUUAUCAGGGUUUUGUUAAUCUUAUUCUCAUGGCCAUUCAAGUAUGAUUUCUUAUUAGGUGGUACUGUGAUAAACAAGUGUUGGCUCUAGUGGGAGAAUGUAAGCUUUGUUAGAGCUGCUCACUUGUUUGACACGUGCUUAAGGGUUUGAGAUCAUAAGAGAUUAGGAUUGACUAUACUUGUAAGCUAUCAAGGAAUUUAUGUGGACUGAUAUAUAGCUAAAGUAAUUCUGAUAUAAGUAGAUAUAUCUAUACUGAUAUGAAUAGUAUGGUUUUGUGGUGAUAAGGGUUAUCGGUUUGAUAGUUUGAUAAGGAUUACAUGAUGGGAAGUAUCCUUAUCAAACAUCACCAUUUAGGAUAUAUAAUAGGGGUCCCCUGCUCUCACACGAAUUACGCACAAAAAGAUAUCAAGCCCCAUUGAUUGUAGCAGUGCAUUCGGUCUGUGUUGAGAGUAGAAGAAUCCUUAGUUCAUUGCAGCAAUAGCGUCAAAGGUUAGUGGUUAAUUUUUGGUAUUGUGAUUUACUUAUUCCGCAUUUAUUAAUCUUACAGUACCUACAUGAAGAUUCCCGACUUAGAAUUAUACAUCGUGAUCUCAAAGCUAGCAAUAUAUUGUUAGAUGGGGAGAUGCAUCAAAAAAUAUCUGAUUUUGGCAUGGCCAGGAUAUUUGGGGUUGAUCAAACUCAAGCAAACACGAAUAGAAUUGCCGGAACAUUUGGUUAUAUGUCUCCCGAGUACGUAAGGCACGGAUGUUUUUCUGUCAAGUCCGAUCUAUAUAGUUUCGGUGUUUUAGUGCUAGAAAUCAUCAGUGGCAAGAAGAACAGUACAUUCUUUCAGACCGAUGUAGCUGAGGACCUCAUGAGCCAUUUAUGGAGAGAUGGGGCACCUUUGGAAUUGUUGGAUCCGUGUCUAAGAGAUUCUUAUUCGAGGACUGAAGUAAUCAGAUGCAUCCACAUCGGCUUACUUUGUGUUCAGGAAGAUCCAGCUGACAGGCCGACAAUGCAAUCGGUAGUUCUCAUGCUCAGUAGCUACUCUCUUACUCUGCCAUCACCUCAACAACCGGCAUUUUUCCUCCAAAGCAGAGCAAUGGGAAACAUGUCAGGGGCAACACUGGACUCCGCUCAAUCAUCUCCAUCCGUUUAUGAAGGAUCUAACACUGAAGUAUACCCUAGAUAGGGUGAAUAGAUAAGCUGUUACUGCUACGUAUUGUAAUAUCCGCUUAUAUAUACAAUCGUCUCUAGACAAUAACAAAAUCUACCGAUAUGGUAUCAUCCGUCCUUAGAAGGAUGAACGUUCUGCACAUACAAGUUUUAGGCGCAAUUUCUGUUUGUUUAUAUGAUGUGAAUCGCAUAAAAUUCUACUAGUGCUCGGACUCGACAUCUGUUUAUAUUUAUUUGUUAGAAAACAUGAAACUUGAAUUU